AUGCGUGAACCAGACAUUCAACGUCAGCGUCAUUUUGAUAAGUUUCAUUUAUUAAUUUCAAAAUCAUCAUCAUCAACACAACAAAAUAAGUUAAUUAUAUGUGAACCAUCAUCACCAAUAAAACAAUCAUCUUUCAAUCCGGAUCAACGGAGUGUUUCACUAAGAUGUACAGAGGCUAAAACUUCAUUUCAUCAUAAAUAUUCACCAGAUGAAAAGAAUCACGUGAUAUCAAAAGAAUUUGAACAGUUAAUACCGACAAUUAGAAAUAAACACAACUCCUAUUGUAUUGGAGGGAAAGAGAUCAUUUGGGCUAACGGAAUACAACAUCAACAACAACAACAACAAAUAUCUUCCUCUCAACUCACUCAACCUCUACUGAAACCGUCCACCAUUCAACAUUAUCAUCAUGGUAUGAAAAGUGAACCGUUGAAACGAAGAGAACAACAAAAGAAAAUGAAUUUACAACAAAAGUCUUCUCAAAAACAUACUGACUCCUUGGUGAAUAGUUCUGCUCAUCAUAAUUCGUGUGCUACCGAUGAUAUUUCACCAAAAAAAUCUACGUUACCCAAAUCUCGUACAUCCGAAUUUAAUAACAAUUUAUCCUUGCAUUUAUCAGAUGCAAAUACGAAAGAACGCCCCAAAACUGUGUUUACCUCCGAUUCCAGUACCAUACCAGUGAAUAUUUCGUCACGUACUCGUUCAUUAGAGCGUGGAACAAAAACGAUCGGCAUCGUUAAACCUACAGUAAUUCAAGUUUCAUCAACACUCUCACCAAAUGAUUCGACUCUAAUCACGUCACCCACAUCAUCGUCAACAACAGCUUAUGAUUCAAAUUGGUCAUGUGAUGAAUUAGAAAAAUUACAACGAAGAUUUUCAGAAUUACUUGAUACAGCUAAAACGUGUACUACGUCUAAUGUGAAAUCGUCGAUAUUUAACGAUAUAACAAACGGUAAUGAAAAAUGUGCGCCGAAAGCUCUACAAGAAGAAACUGAUGGCACUUCGACAUCAUUGUCGAUUAGUCAUAUAGAAAAAAUACAGUCAUUGUACACAUCGAUGGGUUCUCAAGUAGUCGUCAGCGCUUGUAAAUCUCAUUUGUAUCUUUUAUCCGACAAGGAAAUUUGUCAAUUAGAGCACUGGAAAUAUUUAUAUACUGGUUAUUGCGUUUGGUUACUUGAUUCAGGUCUUAAUCCUAAACGUCCAAUGAAACUUCGACUUUUACUGACUGAACCUGAGACUGGAUUUAUUCUAUGGUCUGAUACAAUUGUUAAUAAACUGACAUUACCUAAGGAACAAAUAUUUUCAUUUCGUCAUUCGACUCAAAAUGGUUACGUCAUGGUCAAAUUUGAUCAAGGUCAAGGUUACUAUGAUUUUUAUAAAUUUUACACUCAACUAACGAAAAAUCAAAAUUAUAAACUGUUAUUUUCGCCAUUCAAUGCUACAGAUAUAAAACCAAAAAAAUUGUUACAAAAUAUUAAAAGACGUAUGUUGGAAAUAUUAUAUUUUGUUUUGACCGUUGAUUUUGAAUUGAAAGAAGAUUGA